GAGAAAUGUUCCGAAAACUAUCAGGAAAUCUACUGCGUUUGGUUUUGACGUCUGCACCAUCUUUUUCUCACCUGACCUAGGUGUCGAAAGCUGAAGACAACGGCUUCAUUAUGAAUUUGAUGCAUUGAUGACAAGAAUAGUGAUAUUCCAUACGUGGUAUAAUUGAAAGCUCUGUAUGAUGAACAAUGGCGUAACGCCCGGAUAGAUACAUUGUAGGUAGCAGAUGUGCUGGAGCACUGACAAUAUUUACGGUAGGCGGAUAUUUAGGACAAAAUGAACCAGUGCAAACCAUUCUGAAUUAUAUUGUCAAACUUUUUAUUUGGUGAAUUAUGAAAAUUAACGAGAAAAGUUUGGUGAAAUUUGCCUCAUCUGGGGCACCUGCUGACAAAGAAGGGCCGCUGUUGAAGAAGGGUGAGGUCAAUAAGGGUUUCCAGAAGCGAUGGUUCGUACUUAAAGGCAACCUAUUGUUCUACUACGAGAGAAGAAUGGACAAGGAACCUAUCGGAGUAGUUGUAUUAGAAGGCUGCACAAUUGAGCUGGCUGAGAACACGGAUGGAUUUACUUUCCAGAUUGUAUUUCCUGGAAGUCAUUCCCGCACGUACACACUGGCCGCAGAUACACAGGAAGAAAUGGAAGCCUGGAUGAAAGUACUAGCAUGUGCGAGUUACGAUUACAUGAAGUUAAUGGUUGUAGACUUGCAACAACAAAUUGAGGAAAUGAAUUCAGAGACACAGCAAAGACUUGUGGCACAGGCCAAACGUGAUAGUAAAAUGGUGCACUCUCGGUACCAGACUAUCUCGGCCGAUCCCAGUGAUUCCGAUUUUCAUGACCUGUUAGGUUUGGCGGUAGAGGAGGAUCCUUCUAAUGGUGCUCAAGGCAGAAUAACCAACCAAAGGUUCAAUCCAUUUAACUCUUCAGCAAAUGAUUCGUUAGAAUCAGGCUGGUCAAAACCUGGACAACUCCUGGAUUUUGCCGAGGAUUAUUACAAUGAGUCUACAGAAGUGAGUCAUAAGAGCUUUCUAGAGCUACAUGAGGAGUAUGGAACACAGAUACAGUGCCUAAGUGAACUGUGGAGAACUGGUGCCGUGACCAGGAACUCUCUGCUGCUCUCUCCUGAUAUUUUAUAGUUCCUCAGACUUCAACCGUAAUUACUUAAUAUCAUACUAUAUACAAAAGAUGUACAAAAUAUGUACACAAAAUGUAUACCUGGCAUAUUGGCUGUGGUCAUUAUUUCUAAGGAAUAAUUCAUUGUUAAAAGAUUACAUGUACAUGUAUCUAAAGUGUAUGUCACAUGAUAAUAAUUAUUAAUGAAUCUGAGCAGUCUUUUCUGUUUAAUCAAAUGGAUGCAAUGUAGAUUGAAGUUUUGGCAUUUAACUCUGGGAAUGGUUGUGGAAAUGUUUGGGGGGGCCUUCAGUACCAUGCGCAGUAACCAUGAAUUAAUGUAAUAAGCCCCCCCCCCCCACCCCC